AUGGCUACAUUCAUCCCGUAUCUGGUCGCGUUCAAGCUGGUCGAAUAUGAUCAUGAGUACAAGUGUGUGCGGCAAUGGAUGCGUGUUUUUGACGAUUCCUCGUCGGUGACAAAAUACUUUAUGGCACUUUUUAUUGCAUUUUUUUAUAUUCCCUUCGUUCUGAUGUUUAUUCUAUAUCUUGCGAUUUUUUUGAAACUGAAGUCCCAGAGAGGACCAGGCGAGCACUCAAUGAACGCUCUAAUUCAGCGCUUGAGAAGGGAGAGAAAUGCAUUGAAGCUUUCCAUUGUUAUUGUGUUAGGGUUCGCUGUAUGCUGGAUUCCAUUCAGUAUUUUUGCAUUAGUACGUAUGUUUGCAGAUGAAAACAAUGCUACAAUGUCCUGUGGAUUCAAACAGUUAUUAGAGCAAGUUGCUCUGCCACUGAGUCGAACAAAUAGCGCUAUGAACCCCUGCAUCUGUUUUAUUUUCGGUGGAAAUUAUCGCCAAGGUCUUAACAAUCUCCUCGGCUGCUGAGUGAGUUGCCAGGGCUAAUGAAGAUGCAAUGUAUCAUGGCAGCCGCUUUGGAAUAUAAUAAGAAUUGUUUGGAAACUAAACUGAAACUAAAUUAAAUACAUCAUUAUGAAAAGUAAAGAACAUCCACACUUAAGGGUUUAGAAACAAAUGUGUUGCCGUAAAAACAUCUUUUUCCUAGGGGUGAACCGUUGAUAUGCAUUAAGGAAUCCUGUCAACGUUGCAUUAGAAACAACUAUGAAUAAAACAUAUUAAUCAAGUAGUAUCUGAUUAAAUCUUACAGUCAUGUGCAUUGGAAAGGGUUUUAAUUCCUGUCGGAUAUAGAAUAUCAUCUUCAUUUGGAUUAUAUUAUAAAUACCAUACAGAACACAGGGAGAAACUUAUCAUUUUAUCAAUCACUUUAUCGUAGAUUAGACCAGAUCAGAUGUAUUAAUCCAAAUUUUCUAGAUUCCGAACGCUCAAUCACCAACUUUGUUUCGUGAGGAAACAUUUACUGUGCAUCAUAUAUUGCUUACUUCUGGUAAGAAUACAAUGUGAGAAAGUUUUUAAUUUGGCCUCGUUUGUUCAAACAGGUGCUUAUACUGGUAAAACAUUAGCAAACACUUACAUGGAGUUUCAAAAAUAGGAUAUCGAAUGUCGGUGAACGUGACCGCAACGAUGAAUGGAACACAGAUACCGAGCUGCUUAAAUCCAGUUACUGAGGGAAAGAGAAUCGGAUUCAACUUUGCUUACAGCUUUUAUAAAAUAAAAAAUAAAUAAAUAAAGACAGGAAAAAAAGUUAAUAGGCGAGUAAGGAAAGAAGUUUUUACUGUGGGAAAAAUCUUUUGGAUCUGUUCCUCAUGCAGAACUAAAUCCAACUCAGUAAUGUAUAUACCGUCUUUAUUUUGUAUUUUGUUAUUUUCUUCCCCUGCGAGGCGUGAUCUGAAUUAAAAAGGCAAUAAAAUUAAGCAAAUGACUGGAAAGCAAAUACUGAAAUAGCGUUAUUUGUUGAAUAACGUUUGACAGCUGGUUCCGUGUGAUGACAGCCUAUAAUUAUUGAAGGAAAAUGUUCCAAGAUGCAGUGCACAGUAUUUUAAAGGAUUAUAGGGAAACCAAGAGUUUCUUUUGAGAAAAACCCAGUAAACUGAAAAAUUUAAUUUUACUGUUUUCCGUUGCCAUCAACGACCGCAUAAACGCACUUAUGUUAAGUGCUCUGGUGAGGUCAUUUAUUCAAGGUGUAAAUAUAACUGAGUGGCAAAUUUCAUGCAGACCCCGAGGAAAAAGCAAAUUACAAAGUGACCGGUGAUAUGAGUGCUAAGGAAGGAAUUGAUGAAGUUUAAAUAGCGCAAAAUUUCUUUCAAUUCUCGAUCAAUUUAUUUUCCUAAUUCAGUCAAACCCUAAUGUCCCAUGUACUUCUUUGAUAUCUCUUUUUAUUUUUCAUGCCAAAGAAUAAACAGAUGUAAUUCUUUCUAUUGCUCUCAAUAUAUUUUGAUCCCUUCGUUUAAAAACCAUUUCAAGCACACUCAUUCAAACAAUCUGUUAACUUGCUUUUAAUUGUGAAAGAAGAGGAUUUUAAUAAUAUGUUUUCGGGUAUAACAAGGCGCGGACGGGUUAAGUUUUCGCGAACACAAUGGUCAUGAAAGAGCUGUGGUUGGAGGCUACAUGCGAUCAAUUCGAUCUUAUUUUUUAUCUGAUACUUUUACCUCUUGGGAAAAUUUCAACGACAGCAGUCUACAAAAACAUGUUUACAAAUAUGUAACUAGAAUUAUAUGUAUAAAACGAUCAUUAAGCCAUAAUUAUUCUAAAUAACGGUUUAAGCCUUCAUGCAAAUUUCCCUAAAAGUCGUGCGGUCUGAAGCGACUUUUUUGGGAAAAAAUUAAUAAGCGAGUAAGGAAGGAGUUUUUACCAUGGGGAAAAAUCUUUUGGAUCUGUUUCUCAUGGAAACCAGAUCCAACUCAGUAAAAGAAGUUGGGCUAAAGAUAGUAAAUGAAAGCUAUUUGUGAGUAAUCAGCUUUGUUUUGUAUAUUGAGACUACAGGUAGCCCCCCCGAGACCUGCUCAGAGCCAAAGAUUGGUUAAAGAAAGGGAAAUUAUCCUUUUCUUAAAACCUAUUCAGGGAUACGGUUCAUCGAAACCGAUAUUUUUUUUUUUUACUCUUUCGUCCUUUUGUUCUUCUUUGAUAGUCAUAUUACCUGUACUUUGGCUUCACGGCGGGGAAUGAAUUUUGUUGCUCAGCGAUGGUUACAUUUUGAAUAGAUGGCCUCGCCGAAGCACGGAAGGUUAAUGAGCGUAUGCGGUCGAUUUAAGGCAACGGAGAUAUCAUUUUUCCUCUAUUCCUCCAAAAUAUCUUAAGUAAAAUUAAAAAAUAAUACUAAUCUUGUUCACGGUUGUGUGAAUAUUUUUCGUUUCAAAGUGCAAAAAGGGGUUUAGAAUCGAAUCUGUUGCCGUAAAAACAUUUUUUUCCUAGAGGUGAACCGUUGUUAUGCAUUAAGGAAUCCUGUCAACGUUGCAUUAGAAACAACUAUGAAUAACACAUAUUAAUCAAGUAGUAUCUGAUAAAAUCUUACAGUCAUGUGCAUUAGAAAGGGUUUUAAUUCCUGUCGGAUAUAGAAUAUCAUCUUUAUUUGGAUUAUAUUAUAAAUACCAUACAGAACACAGGGAGAAACUUAUCAUUUUAUCAAACACUUUAUCGUAGAUAUGACCAUAUCAGAUGUAUUAAUCCAAAUUUUCUAGAUUUUCUAUGUUUCGUGAGGAAACAUUUACUGUGCAUCAUAUAUUGCUUACUUCUGGUAAGAAUACAAUGUGAGAAAGUUUUUAAUUUGGCCUCGUUUGUUCAAACAGGUGCUCAUACAGGUAAAACAUUAGCAAACACUUACAUAGAGAUUCAAAAAUAGGACGCGAUAUGCUGGCGACAUCCUGACGCAAUUAUCAAAUUUUUGAUUCUCUCAAUCGUAUAUUGUGGGUGGAAAAAUAUCUGAAAGAGGAAAGCUACUGACAACAGAAUAAAAAUGUUUGUAUUCUCUUGCCACUGAUUAAACAAUUCUGUUCAAAUAGAGUCCGCUUGUUGACGUCAGUCAGAUCUCUUUUCUUUAUUUCGAUUAGUAACAUUCAAUAUAUCAAGUUUCCUUGUCUUCCCUCCCCCUCAAUUUAUUCAUGAAUCUCGCCUGUCGGAGGCUUACAGUCAGCAAAGACAGGCGCGGAGGCAGGCGCAUAAAAGAUGGCACGCAGAGGUUUCCUCGGACGUAGUUUCCAUAAAGUUUCAUUUUGUAUUUCUUAAUUGAAAUGAGAGAAAGGGCUGCCAAUGUUCCAUGACUCACUUAUUUAGUACAAGAUUGUCGAUUGUCAAUCAUGAUUAGUUAAUGAUAUGAAAGAGAUCACGGAUUCUUUUACACUUUAUCCCCCCCGCACCUAUAAUUCUGAUUAAGAUUUCAUACAUGAUAUAAACAUAUUCAAAUUAAAUAAAGACAGACGAAAAGAUAUGAACAUAAUGACUGUAGAUAAAUGAAAAUCAUAUAUGUACACUGCGGUGAAGAAACGAAUAUAAGAGAUCCUCGCAGCUAUGAACGCUACUGAGCUAGUAGUUGAAAUAAGACCGGAAGAAAAAUUUUCAGGCCCGUACGGGAUUUGAACUCAUGACCUCUGUGAUGUGAUAGUUUAUUUAGAUCCAAUGUAAUAACUAGUUCCCGGUUGGCCUGUUAGCUCAGGUAGUAGAGCGCUGCACCGAUAUCGCAGAGGUCAUGGGUUCAAAUCCUGUACGGGCCUGAAUUUUUUUCAGGUCUUAUUUCAACUACUAGUUCAGUAGCGUUCAUAGCUGCGAGGAUUUCUUGUAUUCGUAGAUAUGAACAUGUUCAAAUAAAGACAGACGAAACUUAAUCGCUUCUUAUUACAGGCUUCAGAUGACACCCAAAGUUUUCAUAGAGCAUAAUGGGAGACGAAUUUUAAAAAUUUCUUUUUCCUUUACACUUUGGCCGUCAGAAUCGAGAAAUGUCAGAUCUGUGAAAUAAAGUCAUCUGUGUCAGAAAUUCGCUCUCGUGUAAUUGUAUGAAAAUUUCCCAAAUGAUUCUGGUGGAAAAAGAAAUUUAAAAAGAUAAAAUAGAAUGAAUGCCGAUAUUGACUUGAAUUAAUAGCUUUCGUCAUUUAAUCUUUUCUUUUUUUUUGAAAAUUGAAAGUUCGAUGCGAUGUUCAAAUAAAGAGAGAAAAAACUUAAUGGCUUUUUUUAUUACAGGCUCCAGCUGGUACCCGGGUUUCAUUUUCAAAGUAUAAUGAGGGGUGACUUAAAAUUUCUCUUCCCUUCAAACUUUCGUAUGUAAGGAUCCAACAAAGGCAGAAACGCCUGAAACGUCAGAUUUUGUGAAAUUAUAUCAUGAUUUAGAAAUUCGCUCCCUUGUUAUCGUUAACAAUUUCCCUACGUCCCUAGUGGGACAAAAAGAUAAUGAUAAAAAAGAGUGCCAAUGUUGACUUGAAUUAUUUUUCCGUCUUUUAAAGUAAACGUUUUAAAAUUCAAAUUUUUUUUAAUUAUGUUCAAAUAAAGAGCUGAGAGACAAAAGUUAAACGCUUCUUAUUACAGGCUUCAGGUGGCACCCAGGUUUUCAUAGAGCAUAAUGGAUGACGACUUAAAUAUUAAAUUUCUUUCAGUUCCUUCACACUUUGGCUACGUCAGAAUCAAUGCCUCCGAAAUUCGCAUUCUUGUAAUUGCAUAAAGCUUUUCCCAAUGCCUCUGAAAAAAAAAGAUAUAAAAAAGGCGAUAAAAAGAAUGCCUAUUAAUAAUUCUUUUUAAUUUUGAAAACAUGUUCAAAUAAAAAGACCUGAAACUUGACCGCUUCUUACUACAUGCUUUCAGGGGCGGUUCCCGUGUUUCAUCCUCAUUCCCAACUAUUUCAUCUCAGGCAACGUCAAUUGUAGAUACUUUUGCUAAUCAAAAUGAAGAUUCAGGGUACAUCUGUCGAUAUUCUUGAAUUUCUGGAGAAGCUAACGUAUGCAAUUUAGAACAAUGAUAAUAUCUAUGCAAAUCAUCCCUGCGUUCACUUAAAAAAAGAUAGCGUUCAGAGCUGUUGGCUGAAUGUCGGCAAAUGUGAUCGCAACUAUGAAUGGAACACAGGUACCGAGCUGCUUGAAUCCAGUUAGUGAGGGAAAGAGAAUCGGAUUCAACUUUGCUUACAGCUUUUAUAAAAUAAAAAUAUACAAAAUGAAGACAGGAAAAAAGUUAAUAAGCGGGUAAGGAAAGGAGUUUUUACUAUGGGAUAAAAUCUUUUGGAUCUGUUCCUCAUAGAAAACUAAAUCCAACUCAGUUAAAGAAGUUUGGUUAAAGACAGUUAAUGAAAGUUAUUUGUUGGUAAACAGCUUUGUUUUUUUUAUUAAGAAUAUAGGUAGUUCUCUGAAAACUGCUCGAAGUCAAAGAUUGGUUAAAAAAAGGGAAAUUAUCGUUUGCUUAAAACAACUUCAGGGAUACAGUUCAUCGAAACUGAUAAUUAUUCUUUUUUACUCCUUUACUCGUCUUUUUGUUCUUCUUUGAUAGUCAUAUCACCUGCACUUUGGUUUCACCGCGGGGACUGAAAUUUGUCCCUCGGCGAUGUUUACUUUUGAAUAGUCCUGGCCGAAGCACAGAAGGUUGAUGAGCGUAGGCGGUCGUUUAAGAUGUUUACAGCACCGGAGAUAUCAUAUUUGCUGUAAUCCUCCAAAACAUCUUGAGCAAAAUUAGAAAAUAAUACUGAUCUUGUAUAAAGCCUGCAACAAGAGGUCCUUUUAUAUGAUCACUAAUUAACGGCCUUUUUUCUGACGAGGUAUAAAUAGGCGACAGGAAGCAAACCGCCAUCAUCACGAUUUAAAGGAGCGUGGGCGGAGUUAAUAUGCCAAGCCUCCAAACAAAGGCGCUGAUGGUAACGCCGAUUAGUGGUGAUAAUUUUAGAAUUAUCCCACCCAAUUGUAUGGUUGGUUAGGCAUGUAUGCUCCGAUAAAGCUGAAUUUUCCUUUUUGCAAAGAAAAACCGCUGGCGUCGGUUCGUUGUUCUUUCGUGACAGGAUCCUUAGGUUUGGCGAAAAUAUGCCCCAAAGCUACAAAAAUAUGCCCAGCCAAACCUAAGGAUCCUGUCACGAAAGAACAACGAACCGACACCAUUUAUUCUAUUCCUUGCAAUGACUGUGACAACGAAUAUAUCGGACAGACCAAACGUCAGUUUGGUACACGGUUAAAAGAGCACCAAAAAGCCGUUUUUCUUUGCAAAAAGGAAAAUUCAGCUUUAUCGGAGCAUACAUGCCUAACCAACCAUACAAUUGGGUGGGAUAAUUCUAAAAUUAUCACCACUAAUCGACGUUACCAUCGGCGCCUUUGUUUGGAGGCUUGGCAUAUUAACUCCGCCCACACUCCUUUAAAUCGUGACGAUGGCGGUUUGCUUCCUGACGCCUAUUUACACCUCGUCAGAAAAAAGGCCGCUAAUUAGUGAUCAUAUAAAAGGACCUCUUGUUGCAGCGUUUAGAUCACCCCUGAUGAAGGAACUAGACAGGAGUGUCGAAACGUUGGGUCUAUGAAUCGUAACUUCUUCGGUUACAUUCAUUAAAUCUGCAAACCAGAGUAGCGUCAAACUAUGUCUGAUUAUCCACCUGGUUGCCGUGUGAACUUAUUUGUUUUCUUUAAAUAGAGUAGAGGCAGCCUCCAGUUAACCACUGACUGAAUAAGAACUGAUCUCUCAAGAAUGUCAGAAAACGUAACUGCAACGAUGAUUGGAAAUACCUUCGUUGCAAUGAUUGUCUUUAAGACAAAAACUCUGAGAAAGCCUUUUAAUUUCUUGACUGUUAACAUGGCCAUGUCCGAUUUGCUUUUUCCGAUUUUCCUUUUUCCUUGUAAUUUGGUUUUGACACACACUCGCUCCUGGCUGAUAGGCGGUCCGCUUGGUCAAGUGUUAUGUAAGCUGAUUAUCUGUGCACCUAAUGUGUCCUGUGCUGUGUCUAUUCAAAGCUUAGUUCUAAUAACGGUCGAUCGGUUUGGAGCUGUGGUAUUUCCCCUCCGUUCCCCGCUUAUUAAUUCAAAGCGAUGCCGGUUCUUCAUUCCCGCCACUUGGAUCAUCGCUAUGGCUAUCUGGUGCCCAUACCUGUUCGCCUCGAAGGUGGUCGAGUCUCCAGAGGGGCUGACGUGUGUGCUUGAUCGGAAUGACGUAUUCGAAGGAUACUCGUCCUUCAAAAACUUCUCUAUGGUGAUGAAUGUUGUAAUGUUUUAUGCACCUUUGGUUUUUAUCGCCAUAGUUUACUCUGCCAUUGCUUUAAAAAUCAAAUCCCAGAAAAUUCCAGGAGAGCAAUCAACUAACACAAGAGAAAAACGCUUGAAAAUACAAUGGAAUGUUCUUAAACUGUCCGUUGCCAUCGUGUUGGAGUAUGCAUUAUGUUGGCUGCCCCAAAGUAUUGUGUGGUUCAUGUUCUUCAACUCAGACCGAACAAUAACAUCAUCUUGUGGCUUCUAUUACUUCCGGUCCGUUUCCUUAUUUCUAGCUAUGUCGAACUGUGCGAUGAACCCUUGGAUCUGUAUAUGUUUUAGUGGAAAUUAUCGUCAAGGUCUGAAGAAUCUUCUCGGUAGCUCGUCUGUUGGUCCUGACGUUGAUCGAUAUGCACCGUAGUGUGACCCCCGGGACUCUAAGACUUUAUUUCGCAUAAAGAUAAAUUUUUUUAUGAGUGUUUUUAUUUCAGACAACGAAAAAGUCAGCAAGGUAAUUAAAGAUCUUAAAGUGAAAUGUGAAUUUUUUUAAUUAUUGAUCAAUCAAAAGAAAUGGUGUAAAUUGUCAGCUUGAUGUCUUUUUAAGACAUGGUAGAUCAAAAUGAGGACUUGGAGCUCUAGUUUUUGCUAACAGUAGCAUUUGCGAAUUAUCAGAAAGACAUGAUGACUCUCUCUAUUCAAUACUUAAACUUGCAAGCAAAUUUUAAGCGUUUUAAUGUUCCUUUGUCAGCCCACUUACUAUAAACUUAUCAAUAAAGAAGCUGUGUCCAACGGUCAAACCGUUGUUUGAACUUUUGCCUAACGACUGUUUUUGUGAGCUGUAUUAAUCUGAUCACCUAAUGAAAGGACUUUAUUUGAAAUUUGGCUGAAACGUACCACAUUAGGUGACAAAUAUGAUGUAGUGGACCAAAAAAGAUGAAGUGGAAUGUUUAUUAGAAGCUUAGUCGAGUUUGUAUCAUUACCAUAAUCGUCAUGAUCAUUAUAUGAGGUAGUAUUCGCUUUCAAGAUGACAUUGCAGAAUGGAAACAAGAUAGUAAAUAAAAUAAAGACAGGAAAAAAAGCAUCAUUUUUCUCCUCGUCUAUGGAACAAAAAAUCUAUUUAAAAGCUUUCUAGCGAUUCAAUAUUAACUGCCUCAAAGCUUUCGAGAACUCCAGUUGCCUUCCUUUUCAUUUCAGAAAGUCGGUUAUCAGGUGAAUAUCAAGGUAAACAAACUUUUUAAAAUCGGAUCUGCUGUCUUAACUUUAGGAUUGGCUGCAAAUGAUUCGCAAAGUAACAGGAUACAUGAUCCCUUCGAUGUCAGUUAAUGAGUUGAUGUUCUCUAGUAAAAGGCUCAAACAAACAGAAAUAAUUUUGAGAGGAAAAAAUGGCCGCUCUGUGCGGUGUACGGUGACAUUACGCGGCGUACAUGUCCCAGCGACAAUCCGUGUCGUUUGACAUGGAUAAUUUUUGUGAAAAUCUUUCCUCCUGUGCCAGAGUUUUUUUUGCAAGUGAUAAUUCGCUGGAAGUUGAACUCAGACUGGGUUUGUAAAUGGAUGCAAAAUCUUUGAACCACACCUAGUGUGUGGCAUUGGUUGAUCUUUGUCAUUUGUGCUAAGUUCUGCUUUGUGAUUGGUUACUUGCCACAAUAGCAAUCACUAAUAAACAAAAUCGGGUUUCAUUAAUGCCGUAGACAGUCAUCAAAACAAUAGGCGCAGGCUGUGAACCCAGAGAGAUAGUCGGCGAGGGAGAGAGUCGUGUUAAAUUUACCAACAAAACGUUCACUCUGGCAACGAAACUUGAAAAUUAACUAGUACAGCUGAAGAGCUAAAUUUCAAGGACAGAGAAAAAGUCUAUCAAUUCUCUGGUAAAAUAUAAACUCAAACGAUUUUUAACCAAAAAGCUUUCGAGGCUACGACUUCAAUAGUCGGGGUGGUGGCGAGUAUAGAUUGGUGAAGGCAAGACCAGUCUACACCUUGAACGUAACGUAAUUAAGUAGUUCCUUUCUGUCAGCCAGCUGCUUUCUCGCAACAAUGGAAAAAAGUGAGCUUAUUUUUUCACUCUAAUCACAUCGUAAGCAGCUAAGUUUGGGUUUGAACAUUAGACUCAAUGGUAUAUUUUCCCGUAACAAAUCAGUAUCCGUUUGAAUAGCUUGAAUUUGGUAGAGAUGGCAGCCCCUUAAUCCAAAGGUAAAUCGGACAGAAGUUAAAUGCAUUUGUUUUCACCUAAAAGUCAUCAUGGUGACUGUUACAAGCGUCAAGAGACAAUAAUUCACGUAUUUCCUAAACAUAUGAAGAAGUAUUUCUCAAAACUGUUAUUAUCGCUGAUAUCGAGCAUAUUGGUUUUUUUAUAUUAUAUUUAUAAUUUAACAUCAUAAUACCAGUUGUAGAAUAUUUUUAACCAUACCAUUCCGGGUAACUAUUGAUAUGUAUGAUAACGCAGUUUUUUAAUCUCGGGAAGUUUUGGAGACAGAGUGCGAAUUAAGAGUAAAAUUAAUUCAGGUCGUUCCUCAUGGUAAACUAAUUCUAACUCAUUAAAAGAAGUUUAGCUGCAGAAAGUACAUCAAGUUAUUUGUUAGUAAUCAGCUCUAUUUUCUUUAUUGAGAAUAUAGAUAGCCUCCUGAAAACUGCUCUAUAGAAGAACUGGUAUCUCAGUUCCAAGAAUGUCGGUAAAUGAGACUACAGUGGUAAAUGGAGCGUGUCGUCCUGCUUUAAUUACGAAGCACUAAGGAUCGCUUACAUUGCUGCAUUUUUUCCGGUAUUUCUAGUUUCAUUGGUUGGAAAUAUCUUUAUUGGAAUAAUUGUCUACAAGACGAAAUCCCUGAAAAAGCCAGUCAACUAUUCUAUUGCAAACAUGGCCAUGUCAGAUCUGGUGUAUCCGAUUUCCAUGCUUCCUCGUGAUGCAGCUUCAUUAUUCAUGAGCAGUUCCUGGUUAAUCAGCAGUCUUCUCGUCCAAGCAUUGUGUAAGCUGGGCUCCUUCUCAAUAGAAGUCUCCACUCUUGUUCAUCUCAGAGUCUGGUUCUUACCGCAGUCGAUUGAUUUGGAACUGUAG